UGAUUUAUCGGUCACUGCAGUGUUCAGAGGAAUGUUCUGACCCAGGAUCAGUCCAGGUGUGGAGUGUGUGAGCAGCUACUGAGGGACCCAGUCAACACCACCUGUGGACACAGUUUCUGCAGGCCGUGCAUCAGCAGCUACUGGAGCCAGUCUGGUCCAUCAGGAGACUACAGCUGUCCCCAGUGCAGAAAGAGAUCCAGAGCACAACCCUUUCUAAACCCUGACAUAACCAUGGCACAACUUCUGAUAUACCCACAUACAACCAUGACACAACCUCCUGUAUAUCCCUCUACAGCCAUGGCACAAUCUUCUCUCUACCAACACAGAGAAAUGACACAGCUUCAUCUAAAGCCAUCUACAACCAUAGCACAAGUUCCUCCGUAUCCAUACUCAGACUCAGGGCAGAACCCUCUAUACCCACACUUACACAUGGCACAGAUUUCUCCACAGCUUCCUUUGGAUGAGCACAUAGUCAUGGAAGGAAGCAAACAUCUCCAAACUGAGCAUGCUCCUGUCAAAAGGGCCAAACUAACAGAUGAUGUCCUGAACAGAGCACUGAUGACCCAUAAAGCCAGUAUGAAGAGGAGGUUUGAGAGCAUAUCUGAAGGUGUCAUAAGAUCAGAGACUCAAACACUCCUGAACAAGAUCUACACAGAGCUCUACAUCACAGAGGGAGAUAGUGAAGGGGUGAAUAAUGAACAUGAAGUUUGGCAGGUAGAGUCAGCAUCCAGAUCACAAACUAAAGAAGACACAGCAAUCCAUUGCAAUGACAUCUUCAAGCCCUUACCUGGACAGCAGAGACCCAUCAGAACUGUCAUGACCAAGGGCAUUGCUGGCAUUGGAAAAACCGUCUCAGUGCAGAAGUUCAUCCUUGACUGGGCAGAGGAGAAAGCUAACCAGGAUGUAGAUUUCAUGUUUGUACUUCCAUUCCGUGAGCUGAAUUUGGUCAAACAUGAUCAGUACAGUCUUCACAGGCUCCUGCUGGACUUCCACCCUGAGCUUAGGGAGCUACAGGGUGGUGAAUACAAAGACCGCCAUAUUGUGUUCAUCUUUGAUGGUCUGGAUGAGAGUCGACUUCUGCUGAAUUUCCAAGAGAACCAGCAGUUGUCUGAUGUGACACAAACAUCAUCAGUGGAUGUGUUGAUGACGAGCCUCAUUCAGGGAUCUCUGCUUCCCUCAGCUCUCAUCUGGAUAACCUCCCGACCAGCAGCAGCCAGUCAGAUCCCUUCUCAGUGCAUCAAUCAGGUGACAGAAGUACGAGGGUUCAGUGAUCCACAGAAGGAAGAGUACUUCUGGAAGAGGAUCAGUGACCAGAAUCAAGCCAAAAGAAUCAUUUCACACAUUAAGGCAUCCAGGAGCCUCCACAUCAUGUGCCACAUGCCAGUCUUCUGUUGGAUCUCAGGCACUGUCCUUCAGCAGAUACUGGAAGAGGAUAAUGGGAAGGAAGCCCCCAAAACUCUGACUGAGAUGUUCAUACACUUCCUGCUCAUCCAGACCACCAGGAAAAAACAGAAGUAUCAAGAGGAAAAUGAUAUAGAGAGACAGAGGCUCCUGGAAUCACACAAAGAUGUCAUACUGAAACUGGCAGAGCUGGCCUUCAAGCAUCUGGAGAAUGGCAAUCUCAUGUUCUAUGAGGAAGACCUGAAAAAGUGUGGCAUUGAUGUGAGUGAAGCCUCAGUGUACUCUGGCAUGUGUACUGAGAUCUUCAGGGAGGAAUGUGUGUUUCAGCACAAGAAGGUCUACUGCUUUGUGCAUCUGAGCAUCCAGGAGUUUCUUGCUGCACUUCAUGUGUUUGCCUCCUACUUGAGUAAAAACAUGGAGGCCCUGACACCAUUUCUCAAAGGGAAGUCCAGGUCUUUGCCAGAUCUACAUGAGCUGCUAAAGAAUGCUGUGAACAAAGCUUUGGAGAGCAAGAAUGGACACCUUGAUUUGUUCGUUCGCUUCCUUCAUGGCAUUUCUCUGGAGUCAAAUCAGAGCCUUAUGGUGGGUUUCCUGACACACACAUACAGCAGCCCAGAAAGUCAGAAGAAGACAAUCCGAAACCUGAAGGUGAUGCAAAGGCCAAAUAUCUCCCCUGAGAGAUGCAUCAAUCUGUUCCACUGCCUGGUCGAAAUGCACGACUCUUCUGUUCAUGAUGAAAUCAAUGCUUUCCUGCAGGCAGAGAAGGGUUCAGUGAAACAGCUCUCACUGGCUCACUGCUCAGCCUUGGCUCAUGUGCUUUUGAUGUCUGGGGAGGUGCUGGAUGAGUUUGACCUGAAGAAAUACAAAACCUCUCCAGAAGGUCGCAGAAGGCUGGUUCCAGCUGUGAGAUGCUGCAGAAAGGCUCUACUUGCUGACUGUAAACUAUCAGAGAGGUCAUAUGAGAUUGUGGCCUCAGCUCUGCAGUCUGCAAACUCCCCCUUAAGAGAGCUGGACCUCGGUCACAGUGACCUGCAGCAGUCAGGAGAAAUGCUGGGCUCUGCUCUACAGAGUCCAAACUGCAAACUGGAGACACUGAGACUUGCUGGCUGUAAACUGACUGGAAGGUUUUUGGCCUUGACUCUUCAGGGGGCAAACCCCCACCUGAGAGAGCUGGACAUCAGUGAUGGCGAGCUUCAGGACUGUGAAGGAGAACUGCUCCAUAAACCACUGAAUCAAGAGUGUAAAGUCAGACUCAAGGACAGCUCCUGUGCGGUCGUGACGUCAGUCUUGCAGUUUUGUGUUUCUCAACUGAGUGUCUUGGACAUGAGUGGUUGUGAUCUGUCUACAUCAGAAGAGAAGCUGCUCCCUUGUCUUGGAAACCCAAAUUGCCGUCUGAAAACACUGAGACUUAAAGGCUGUAAACUCACACAUGAGUCCUGUAAGGUUGUGGCAUCAUUUCUGCAGUCAGCAAACCCCCUGUUAGAGCUGGACCUGAGCCACAAUGUCCUGAGAGAUUCUGGAGUUCAGCUUAUUUCUAAGGGACUGUCUAGUCCUCACUGUAAACUGCAGACAUUAAGGCUCUCUGAUUGUCAUAUCUCAGAUGAUGGUUAUGUUUGUCUGGCUCUCACUCUGAUGGCAAACCCCUCCUGUGUGAAAGACCUGGAUGUGAGCAACAAUAAUCCUGGAGAAUCAGCAAUGAACCUGUUAUUUGCUACACUGAAGGAUCCUCACUUUAAAAUUGAGGAACUUCGACUUGCUGACUGUAAGCUAACAGAGGAAUCCUAUAAGGCUGUAGCCUCUGCUCUGCAGUCAUCAGUGUCCCUGACAGAACUGGACCUCACAAACAAUGACCUGAAGGAUUCUGAUAUUCAGCUUCUAUCUGCAGGAAUGAGUAGCCCUCACUGUAAACUACAGACAUUAAGACUUGCUGACUGUAAGCUAACAGAGGAGUCCUGUAAGGCUGUAGCCUCUGCUGUCAAGUCCUGGGUCUCCCUGACAGAACUGGACCUGAGUUACAAUGACCUGAAGGAUUCUGGUGUUCAGCUUCUCUCUGCAGGACUAAGUAGCCCUCACUGUAAACUACAGACAUUAAGACUGUGUUGUUGUCUCAUCACACACGAGGGCUGUUCUUUCUUGGCCUCUGCCCUCAAAUCAAACCCCUCCUACCUGAAACAGCUGGAUCUGAGCUACAAUCACCCAGGAGACUCAGGUGUCAGAGAGCUCACAGACAGACUGAAUGAUCCCAACUGUAAACUAGAGACGUUCAG